ACAAAAAUUCUCUCCUCAAUUCAAGUCUCGCCGUCAGCUGGCAUUUCUCAAAAAAAUCUGUAUUUCUGUCUUGUAAUCUCUCGCCGCUGACGACAUUCGACUCGAAAAUCGUUGUUUUUUUGUCGUCAUCUUUACGAUAAUGUUGUUUCGCACCACGUCCUAUCGCCGCUAUCACACGACGAGCACCCGGGUCAACCUCGUCCUUCACCCUCACCACCCGGACCCUGACCUCAUCUUCAGUCCGGAUGGGAGCCAGGUUUUGUCGUUGAAUUUUGGUCGUCGCAUAACUUCUCCGUCUCGUGUCGAAUGUCCGAGUCGCCCACGAAUGCGACAUGACCCCUCUCUCGUGGACAUGACAGGUCCCCAACUGCCCUUGGAGGCCGAGGAGGAUAUCAACGUAACACAUGCGGUUCAAAGAAAGAAUCCUUGUGCGUUGUGCAAUGUUGGAUUUUUUCAUGGCGCCAUGAAUCUUGCCAUUAUCAGUGCGGGUCUACACUUUCUUCUCAUGGUUUACUGCAUCUGCAUCGCCCUUAACUCGGAAGAAUACACGAACGGGUUUCUGCACUUUUGGGAGAUUAACCUUUAUUGGGCUGACGACAACGAGGACAUGAAGCACGUGGUUAGUGAGGUUCACAUUGUCGCAAUUGUGGGGGGCGUGAUAGAGGUCAUCGGGUCGCUGCUUGGUGUCGAGUUGAUUUUUGGGAUCGUCAAGGAAUCUGCAAAUUGGUGCUAUGCCUGGUGCGUUUUUUCCUGUAUGGUCGCGGCCUUUGAAUUCUUUGGAUUGGCAUUUCUUUCGACUCGGCUCUCCUUCAUCGUCUUGAUCCCAAUCCCGUUCGUCAUUUUGGUUCAAGCCUACGCUCUCUGGGUCAUCUUGACCUACGUGAAAUCACUCGCCGACCCGAAACUGUGUCCCGUUUGUCACCACGUCAUUGGACACAUGGCUGACCACUACAGCGAAGACGACUGUCUGUCUCUCCCCAUGGCGCCCAGCACUCCAAUGCAGAUCAGCUCGUACUACACCUCCACCGUGGCACCCUCCUCUGUCCCGUCGAACGACAACGAGACCGAGAGCACCUUCACCUUUAGCGGCAAAAAACGUGUCGAAAUCAUCAACAUUUAAAUGCUCACAUUGAUUUUUCUAACUAAUAACGCAUUGCGCCAUAUUGUGCAUAUGCCGUCCAAAUUUCUCGUACAUACAUAAGUAAAAUGCUACCUUGAAAAAUAUAUUCAUGCAAUUGACACCAA